UUAGUUCUUCUGAUAUGCGGAAAUUAAUACAGUGUGUAAUACGUAUAUAAAGAAGGUAAAUCAAUUUAGUGGUACAUUUGCAGUGGUUGACGCAUCGAGAUACGACAAGACAACAGUUGACGCAAUGAAAGCCAUAUUUGCAGUAACGAUUCUCACGGUUUUCGUGACCAUCGUUCGUACAAGUGAAGCUGUAACAUGUCCACCAGAGAAUGAAGAAUUUGUUACUUUGGUUCCAAAUCCGUUAGACUGUACAACCUUUUACAUAUGCGACAAAGGCGUAGCGUAUUUGAGGAAGUGCAGUCCCGGACUUCAUUUCAACCCCGUGGAGAAAGUAUGCGAUUGGCCCGAACAUGCAAACUGUGAGCAAAACCCACCGACCGAAUCACCCGAAACUACGCCCGAAACCGAAGCUACGACCGAAACUGCGCCCGAAACCGAAGCUACGACCGAAUCACACGAACCUACGUCCGCACCCGAAACUACGUUCGUACCUGAACUUACGACCUAA